AUGGCCGUUGUUCAAGUUCCUGCUCUCCCAGCUGCGGUGGCCGCCAAGGCCCUCGUCGGCCAGCCCCCGCCCCGCAAACUGACCAAGGAGGAGCUGAUCAGGACGCACAAGACCCAUCUCAAGAAGCAGGACCUGUCGCCCGACGAGGCACGGCCAGUCAAGCAGCCCGUCCUGUCCGAGGCCUACCCGGCGUCGACGAAGUCGAUCCGCGAUGUCGAGUUUAUGCCCCUGAGCGAGCUGCGCGUGGAGACGCACCACCGCGGGCGCGGCGUCAUCGUCAAGGUGAUCAGCCCGCCGUACAUUGGGGCGGGGGCCGUGAGCAUCGUCGAGGACGGCUUCGGCAACGUCGACAAGCUGGCCAUCUACAACCAGCCCGACUCGUCCAUCCUGUCGGCCGUGCCCGAGGGCUGCGUCGUGGCCGUCAAGGAGCCAUACUACAAGCACAACGGCGCCGAGCACGACUACAUGAUUUGUGUCGACCACCCGUCCGACGUGGUGCUGUUGCGAUUCGCCGACCCCCUGAUCCCCGAGCAGCUGCGCCUCGGCCCGCUGCUCAAGUCGGCCGACGAAUGGCGUGCCGCAGGUGACACGGCGUUCAUCGAGAAGGAUCUUCCGACGGCCGUCUUCUGCUAUACCGAGGCACUGGAGACGUCCGAAGACGAGAAGUUCAAAGCCCCCGUCUUCACCAAGCGCGCCGGCACCAACCUGCUGCUGGGGCGGUACGACGCGGCCAUGGCGGACGCGCUAGCAUCGCGGACGGGCGGGCCAGGGGACUGGAAGGCGUACUACAACGCGGGGCGGGCUGCGUACGGGCUGUGCCAGUACGCGGCGAGCCGCACGCACCUCGAGCAGGCGCUGGAGCUCAGCUCGGGCAGCAGCAGCUCGGGCAGCGGCGGGAUACGCAAGGAGCACGAGCGGUGCCUGGCGCGGCUGCGCGAGGAGGAGCACGGCGACUACGACUUUCCGGCCAUGGCGGCGUCGCUGAGCCCCACCGCCGUGCACCUCGACCGGGGGUCGUUCCUGCGGCGGACGCGCGUCGACUCGUCGCCACACCACGGCCGCGGGCUGUUCGCGACGCAGGCCAUCGCCGCAGGCGAGCUCGUCUUUGUCGAGAAGGCCACGCUCAUGCCCAACCAGUACGAGCCGUCUCGGGCGUCGGCCGCCUUGUACGCCAUGACGGUGCGGCAGCUGUGCGACAACCCGUCGCUGGCGCAGUCGGUGCUGACGCUGUACGCGGGCGACGGCGUGGCGGGCUCGCGGACGGGAGCAGAGGACACCAUCAUCGACGGCAGGCCGGUGGUCGACGUGUUCCUGGUCGAGGGCAUCCGCACCAAGAACUGCUUCAGCGCGCCGCUGUCGACCGUCGAGGACACGCGGCCUGCCGCGCCGCCUGGCCACAUGGCCAAGGGUCUCUGGGCGCACGCCAGCCACAUGAACCACAGCUGCGUGCCCAACACGAUGCGGUCGUUCCUCGGCGACAUGCUGGUCAGCCGCGCGACGCGCGACAUCGCCGCCGGCGAAGAGGUCUUCCAGCAGUACGUGCCCGUCAAGUCGCUCGUCAACCUCCGCAACGCCGAGUACAAGGCCGGCUGGGGCUUUGAGUGCGGCUGUACGCUGUGCUCCGGGGAGCGCAAGAGUCCCGCCGCCAACCUCGACCGCCGCAGGGAGGUGCUCAUCGCCGUCGAGAAGGCCUGCAACAAGCGCGGCCCCGGAGCGGGCGACAAAGGCAUCGUGCCCAACGCCGUCAUCCGCAACAUUGAUCGCCUCGCCCAGAAACUCGAGGACCUCCACGAGCCCGAAGUCUACGAUGGCCUGCCGCGGCUGACGCUGAUCUAUCCGUGCAACUGGCUUGUGGGAGCGCACCGCGGGCGGAAGAACCACGCCAAGGUUCUCAAGUACGGGCUGCGGGUGCUGCGCAACUUUGGUUUCCGUGUGCCGCUCGAAGAGGGGAGCGCCUGGGAGCCGAGGGACAUGUACACGCGGCCGGGAGACGUGUCGCUGAUGACAAUCCACGUCGUGGCCGCGCUGCGUAAGAUGGCCGAGGCCCACCAGGCGCUGGGCCAGUCUGUCAUGGCUGCGCGUUGCACCGAGGCGGCCGAGUUUGGAUUUCUAAUGGUCACUGGGUUCAAGAACGAUCCGAGCAUCAUCGAGCCGUGA